AUGAUGGUGGACUUCAAGAAGCCCUUCAAUCGCAAGAAUCACAAGACCGUUCGUCCGAAACGGCCAGAGUAUGAAGAUAAAAACGUACAGCCACGUCUGCCCAAAACUCGUGAGCGAUCGUUGUCUUUGUAUGAACCUGGUCAGCAUACAUUAGGGCUCCUGCGGAAGCUACCGAUCGAGCUUCGUCGUCGCAUCUACGACAAAGUCCUCAGCCAUCGCAAAGUCCACUUGAUGUUUGAAUUCGCACCGCGCAAGUACCGUAGGGACAUAACGAAUAAGAAAGAGAUCUUAGAGUGGCGAUGGUGGCAUUGCAUCUGCACCUGGGACCAAACCGAGGAUGAUGGCUUCCGGAGCAUCUGGUUUGACCGGUGCAAAGAUGGAGUUAGUGAUGGGAAUCCAGGCCCUCCGAACGGAAUGAUGGGCAAACUGAAGCUGGAUUUUGCGAUUCUACUAACAUGUCGACAAAUAUACUCAGAAGCAAUCGACAUACUUUACUGCACCACAACAUUUGAUUUUGGCACUCGACAGCUCCUAUGCGAUUUUCCGUCUUUAGUCCUCCCACAGCGCUUUGCACUCAUCGGCGCCAUUGAGAUGUUAUGGGAAUUUAUCGGUCUGGGUUUAUCGCCCAUCGACACCAAACAGACGCAACUGUAUCAGGACAUGUGGGCCAUGUUUGCCGCUAUGCCCAGCCUCCGGCACCUCAGGGUCGCGGUCGCAGCUCAUGAAUGUCCUUAUCCCGCACCGCCUGACUUGAAGGAAGUGUGGUUAGGGCCUCUAAAGCAGCUAGGAAAAAUGGAUCUUUUUGAGGUGCUGGUUCCUGUUUCGUAUGCGAGAAGUUUCAAUUUCAGCGUCGAUGAGGGGUCGAAUUUUACGCUGGAUUCAUUCCCGGAUAUAUUCACGAUGCAAUAUUGUUUUGGGACAUCGGCCAAUAGGUGA